AUGUUAGUACCAAGAAAGGUUUUCUUUCUUCAGGAUCAGACGCAGAAACUGAUUGAAUGGCUCCACUGAUCAGGAUUUGAAAAACCAAUCUCAGAACCUACCACUUGGUAUGUUAAUUAUUCAUAUUGCAUGAUUGAGGAUUUUGGUCAGAGAUUCACCUGCAAUAUUUGGAAUACCAGUGGAGGUCUACAUCAACACAGAAUUUAUACAGCAGCUGGUACUAGUCAGAGCUAA